UGCAUGCAUUACUAUAGAACUUGCGAGUGGGAGAGACCCGGAGAAGGGGUGAACUACAGGUCAGCGCGUCUAACAAAUAUUAAAAUGUACUGGGACUUGUGACACGCCUCGCUGUUUAACAAAGACUGCCAAAGUGCGAGAUUAAUACGAAAACUUGAGAGUCCACAACAAAAUGCCUUAAAGCGUCCAAUGGUAUUGUAGUGCUCACAACCGCGCAAGGAUAACGUUCAUUUUAUUUUUAGCUGUUUUACUAGGCAGUAGGCUUGCGUUGUGCGGGGAAACCCCCCUUCUUGUCGUUGACAAGAAGGGUUAAAGAGACACUGGGGAACGGACGGACCAAUCUUUUCAACGUACGAAACUGGUAGCUCGAUGUUUUAUUUCAUAAUUGCUUGUGCUCCUUGUGGUUAAGAUUGUGUUGUUUGAAAAUUGUGUCGAGGAGCUGGGGGAAAAGCUCCAGGGACCGCGGAAAUGAGAGGGAGUUGCACAUGCAGAGGUAUCACGGCGAGGUCACGGGCUUAAACCUGUGGCGUUAGAGAAAGGAAGGGGGGGGUAGACGGAGGGGCUCGCGGUACCGUCGUAACAGAAAAGAAAGGCUUUGGAGUGGCGACACUGUCCGGUCUCGUUUGCGUUCGGCAUACGGCGAAGGCGACAGGACUCGUGGGGAAAGAAGUCGGGGAAACAAGACGCAACAGCCGGAGGUGCAAACAGCACAACUGCACGGACCUUCUGCUAAGAGGGCAGUGGAGUCUUGGAGGACACUUGAAGACACCCCCUCCCUUCUCUACCAUCUUCUAUUCACCAAGUCAUGCCACAAGAAAACUUUUUGGGCGAGGGAUGUCCCAUAAACUAAAAUCCUCGAGAGAUACCAGCGAAAAUCAUCGUAGGGCCAGAGAUGUCAGCAAUAAAGUUCCUUCGGGUUAUCAGGAAGCUGUAUCCUUGUAUAAAAUCUAGAAGUGAAAGACGUUAUCUCGGUCAGCUUCCAAGAGGCCGUUGGAAAAAGACCGUCACGUGACAUCUGGUGCCAAUGUUCUUCCAGAAGGUCGUCAGGACCCUGGUAGCCAGUAACGCGACUUUUGGAAAUGCAGAAAACGACCUACUACGACAACUCAACGCUAUUCGGAGGUUACUCGUAUCAGGGGGCCAAUGGCUUCGGCUAUGAGGCUCAGCCAGCGGCCUUCCAGAGCUCGGCACACCUGGAGAGCGAUUAUCAGAGGUCGGCCUGCUCCUUGCAGUCGUUGGGCUCCAGCGCGCCCACACAGCCACAGCAUGCCAAAACAAAAGAGCUCAACGGCAGUUGUAUGCGGCCCAGUCUGCCAUCUGAACACCACCCACCUCCCCAAGUCUCCCCUCCUCAAAACCCAGUGAACCCAACAGGGUCUAGUGUGGCCCAGCAACCAGGGGGUAGUAGCAGCGGUGGGGCUGGCACUGGAGGUACGACCAAAUCCUCUUCAAAGUCAUCCACGCUUGCCCCGAAUCCUACCAUCACCAAGCAGAUCUUCCCCUGGAUGAAAGAGUCACGUCAGAACACCAAGCAAAAAAACAGCUCCCCCAGCGCAAGCUCAGCUAAUGCGGAGAGCAGUGGCGGAGAAAAAAGCCCUCCGGGUUCUGCAGCUUCCAAGAGAGCGCGCACAGCCUACACGAGCGCGCAGCUUGUGGAGCUUGAGAAAGAGUUCCAUUUCAAUCGGUACCUGUGCCGGCCUCGUCGUGUAGAGAUGGCUAAUCUUCUCAACCUUAGCGAAAGGCAGAUCAAGAUCUGGUUUCAGAACCGCCGCAUGAAGUACAAGAAGGAUCAGAAGUCGAAAGGUAUGGGUUCUUCCUCAGGAGGGCCAUCCCCGACCGGAAGCCCGCCUCUUCCAAUGCAGUCCUCCGCCAGUUUUAUGAACUCCAUGCACUCAAUGAGCAGCUAUGAUGCGCCGUCUCCGCCGUCGUUCAACAAGCCUCAUCAAAACGCGUAUGCCAUGUCAACAGCCUAUCAGAAUACCAUGAAAGGUUGCCCCUCGCAACAGAAGUAUGGUAACACAGCACCAGAAUAUGACCCACACGGGCUGCAGGGUAACAGUGGCAACUACGGGACGCCUAAUAUGCAAGGUAGCCCCGUGUAUGUGGGAGGCAACUAUGUGGAUGCCAUGCCCGCUACUGGGCCAUCUAUGUACGGCCUCAAUCAUCUUCCGCACCACCAGUCUGCCAACAUGGACUAUAACGGUGCAACGCAGAUGUCGGCUAGCCAACACCAUGGACCGUGCGAUACACAUCCGACAUACACGGAUCUGUCCGCGCACCAUCCUUCUCAGGGUAGAAUCCAAGAAGCACCCAAGUUGACUCAUCUGUAGCAGGUUUGGACAAAACGAAAAAAAGACGAAACAAACAAACACAAACCCAUGGGACGAUGCAAUGGGGUUGAAAAGAUGAUCCAGUGGUUUCUUCCCGUGUGUAGAACUGCAGUUGGUGUCGAUGUUGUCCUUCCAUUCGCCUGUGAGCACGUUUGUUUAUUCAGAUGAUAUCUUCCAAUCAAUUCAGUAUUCAGAGCCCUAAAAACCCUUUAAGGACGAAACUCAUAAAUAUUGGGUAAGCGUGGCUAGUGUAUGCCAAGGAAUAGGGUAUUUUACCGUAUGACCCUGUGUGACUCUCGUUUACAUCAUCGUUACCAUUCUUAGACUUUGUCAGCAUACCACCCACGUCUUCACGCGUAGGGCUGCUUGAGAGCAGAGUUGUAGUGAAGUCUUGAAACCGACAUUAGGAAACCACUGGAUUGUUUUCGUUCACUUCCCUUCUUCCACAUACCUCUUUUUAAACGACUCACAAAGCUGCCAUUUGCUCGAUUAUUUUUAUUUAACCGCCCCCAUAAAACAUCACACGUAACACAUACUUGCGCACUGUCUUUGGUAACACAAGGUAGAUCUCAACACUCUGAUGAGUUUAGGUCCGUUUUCAAACUACACUACCUGCGGCUUACUCCCAUUAACUGACUAAAAUUAGAUGAUUGUUAUAAUAUUGAUACAGGGUAAAGAAAAGAAGAUUUGAUAAUUUAGUCCAUACGUGGUCACCCCUACCUUUCUCAACUUGUUGUGCCCCUCCCUCACCCUCCCACUACUUCCUUCCUCCUGAGAGAGAAAGAGAAUGGGAUCCCCUCCUCUUUCUCUCGC